UCCUACUCCUCAGCUUAAAAAACCACAAUACUAAAAACUUGCAGGGACUAGACUGAACAAAUCGGCUCCCCACUCGAUCUCUCCCCUUCCCGGCGUCGGAGUCGGAGGAGGCCACCGCGGGGCGAUGGACCACAACAACCUCCUGGCGGCGUGGCCGGUCGUGGGCCCGGGCGUCGCCGGCGCCGUCUUCGGGGCCGGGUGGUGGUUCUGGGUGGACGCCGUCGUCUGCAGCGCCGCCGCCGUCCCCUUCCUCCAUUACCUCCCAGGGUUCUUCGCCUCGUUCGCGGCGCUCAUGUUCAACUGCGUCAACCGGGAGGACAUCGGCGACGGUUACUAUUCGCCCUACGACGACUCUGAGUGGAGGGUGAAACUCUGGCUUUUCAUUUCAUAUGUGGUAUCUUUUGUCUCAUUGGCUGGGGAACCUCACUGGCAUGACAAGCACCUUUGGGAGCUUAUAGAACCUUUGAAGAUUGGUUUGAGGAGCUAG